GUGUUGUUGGGUCUUUAUCCAGUACAACAGCCCUUCCAGCGGCUGUCCUUGCAGGCCGCCUACAAGUGAACCUCAUUUCGCCGGGUGCAACAGAUCCCCAGCUGAGUGAUAAGUUUAAAUACCCAACAUUCUUGCGGACGGUGCCAUCAUAUGCUGUGUUUGCGCAGGUACUGGCUCAGCUGCUGCAGCGACUGCAGUGGAAGAACAUUCUGGUUGUGUACACUGAUAAUGCUUUUGGGCACAGCGGACAGGAGCAGCUGCUCAUGGCCAUGUAUGAUCGAGGCCUGUGUGUGUCACAGACACUGAUGCUGGACGCAAAGGGCAACAAAGAUUCAUACAAGGCAGUUCUGAGUAAUAUUGGGAACAUAUCUACUUCUGUUGCUGUGCUGAUGUCUCCUAACAGGCUGACCAAAGUAAUACUCCAAGCUAUUCCAUCUUUGGCUAACCUGCAAUGGGUAGUUGGUGAUAUAGAUAUAACAAAUGAUCUCAGCAGCUUGAAACGUGUCCGUGGAGCCAUGGUGGUUGUUCCACGAUCAGCCACUGUUGACGAAUUCAGGCAGUACUUCACGCAGCUUCUGGCUAGUCCAAGGAAUAAUGCUGGAAAUCCCUGGUUUGCUGAUUGGUUUGAGACAACCUACGGUUGUUCAUUGACAGCCGGAAACUGCCCAACUCCAACACAAGCCCAGUUUGUGCAAAGUCCCUGGGUAGUACCCAUCAUGAAAGCUGUGUUUGCCUAUGCCGAGGCAGUUCGCAGUAUUUGCAACAACGGUGUGUGUGCCAGACUGACCUCGAUGACCCCAGCAGAGUUCAAAAGUGUGCUGUUUAGCUUGGGUUUCACCAUCCCAGGCACUUUCCCACCAUCUCUGAGAGGACAGAAUAUAUCAUUUGAUUCUAACGGAGAUCCUCAAACAUCGGCUUUUACUGUGUACAACUACAACAAUCGUGCAGGAACUUAUGCAUUUGAAGAGAUUGGGCGCUUUGAAUCAAACACUUUCACUCUGGCCAGUCCGCCCUUGCUCUAUGAUUCAACUCGUAACACUGCCCUUACUACUAAUCCCACAGCCACAUGUGCCAGUUUGGGCUGUCAAAAUUGCCUUGUACCUCAACGAUUAGUAACUUAUCGGUACAGAUCUGGUGACUUGGUCAUUGCCUCUUUGAUUAAUGCUCAUGAACCGAGUCGGGCUCCGUAUACAUGUGGUGCUGGCCGAGCCUCGCAGCUCGCAUCACUUGUUGCAGCUGAAUGGGCUGUACAACAGUACAAAAUAAGCAACCCCUCCCAGUUUCUACAAGUCAAUGUUGCAGUUGCUCAAGGUUUCAUCACUGACGUGUUAAGUGGCAACAACAGAUUAACCGAUUCCUCCGGAGCUGUCAUUCCAGCUAGCAGUAUUCAGGCUUUUGUUGAUGCAACCAGUAAUCAGCAGGCAAAGAUAAUUAGCCCCAUAAUUUCUGACUACAACAUUUCUGAAGUGAUGGCCGACGUGAGCACAUCAGUGAUAUCUCGCGGAGGUGAUACUCCUUAUUUCACCAGAGCAGCCCCAAGUGAUGAGGUAUUCUACUCAGCAAUUUCAAAUGUCUUGCAGGGUCUUGGGUGGAAAUAUGUGCAGGUGGCAACUCAUUUGUCAGGUGAAUACAGAGAAAUGGCAGAUACCUUCACUCGUGUUGCAGCAAGUCUUGAAAUUUUCCUUGUUUUAAUUUCACUCUUUACUUUAAUUUCAGGAGCUGUCAGCCAGCUACAGCUGGUGGCGGGCACUUCCAACUGGGGCACUGACAUGGCCUACCUCCAAGGCCUGGAAACCUUGACCUCUGGAGUGAUUGUGGGAGAUCUGGAUCUCACUGCAAACACAGCAUUCAGUUCGUAUUUACAGGGUUUGACCCUUGCCAACAUCGCAGUCAACCCUUUCUUACGAGAGCUGUUUGAAAUCACCAAUCAGUGCUCCAUUGACCCUGCCUCUCAAGGCAUGUAUGCACGUAUAUGUACCAGCACUGACAGAUUCACCAAUUUUGCCCAGUUUAACUCUGAGAGCCAGACACUGAGCUCAUUUAGCCCCACCACACUGGGUAACUACCAGAGCAAACUGGCCAACUGCAGUGGUGUGUGUAUGGAGUGUGAGUACUUGUCUACAAUGCGGACAAGUAUCUAUAACACCGGUGAUUGGCUGAUUGCAGGCAGUUUUGCUGUCAGCAACAGUGGACAAGAAAUGUUUCAGCCUUUUAUCUGUGGCGAUGUUCGGACAUCCUAUGGACCUCAGUAUACUAUGGCUAUGCUAUACGCCCUACAGCAGGUCAAUGCAGGCAGAGCUCCUGUCUCCGUUAAAGGAGUUAAAUUUGGUGGCUGGAUAUUUGACCAUUGCGGCAACCCCGGCCGUGCCGACUUGAUAGUCUCGGAUAACAAGAUCCUGGCCUGGUUGACGGAUACCAAUGAAAGCAGCAAUGAGACGGUUCAGAUCUUGGACCCACUAAAUGUGGCGACCAUAAGUCCUUCUGCCACUGCUGACAGCUUGAUGAAGUACCCAACAUUCUUCAGAACCAUCCAGGGCGAUGCAGCAGCCGUCACAGCUCUCAUCUUGAUUGCUAAGGCUAUGAAAUACAACUACAUUCAAGUGGUGUAUUCAGCAAACGCUUAUGGCAGGGAUGGAAUGAAACUGUUGGUGAACGCAGCCCAAGCUGAAGGAGUCUGUGUGACAAACCAGCUUGAAUUCACCAAUGCCAGUGAUAUUGUAAUCCAGCUGUCUGCGGCACAGACCGAUGUUGUUGUCCUGUUCAUGACCGAAGCUGAUUUAUUUUCCUUGCAGAUUAUACAACGAGUUGGAAGCCAGUUCACUUAUCCAAUAAUGAGUCUUCAAAUGCAGAGGUUCAACCUGUCAGACUACAAUGCCUACAUUAACUCCGCACCGACGACCAACCCAUUCUUCGCCCAGUUCUACAUGAAAACCAUGCAGUGCAACCUCCCAGGAUACUCUACCUACACCAAUGCCUGCUCUACACCACUGGCACCGAUCACAUCUUCUGCCAACUACGUGGAAGACAACUCUGUGUUGUCCACCAUCAAUGCAAUUUAUUCGGUAGUAGAUGCACUGCAUCGCACAGUCAGCGACCACUGCGGGACCGACUAUACUAAACCCUGCAGUGCCUUUCUUGCAGCCCCAGAUAAGCGCAGAGCAUUCAACAGCAACUUGAACAAUGCGUACUUUGUUGAUGAUGGGAAGAGGACUUUUAGGUACCUGGUCAGAGAGGGUGCCACAACUUUUGAUAUUUUACAGUACAGUUCAUCUGUCAACUAUAAUAAGGUUGGCAGCUACUCUGGACAGUCCCUGGAUAUAACCGAUGCAGCCCAGCUCAAGUACACCAGUAUCGAAUCUACCUGCAGUGCUCCUUGUCUGGGCUGUAUCAUGACUGGCAUCACCUUCUCGCACAUCCCAGGGGAUAUCUACCUUGCAGGGAUGUUUGAUGUCCAUCAGCGCUCUCUGAGCCCCUUCACUUGUGGUACUAUUAAGACCCUGCAUGGCUUCCUUUUGCUAGAAGCCUUUCACUAUGCCAUAGAACAAGUGAACGCCAAGCAGGGACAGUUUGCGAACAUCCUACCUGGUGUUCGGCUCGGAGGGAUCGGUCUGGACGCCUGUGAGUCUGACGUUCGAGGAGGUUACCUGAUCAGCAAUAUCCACAGUGGAAUCACAACUCUGUCCAAGGAAGGCGGUAUUGAUCAACAUAUAUACAUAUAUACUCAAGUAAACCACAAUGUUUCAAUGUUAUCUCCCUCAAACCUUCAGAUUAGUUAUGGAUCUGGGAGUGAAGAACUGAGUGACAAGCGGGUGUACCCUUUCUUCUACCGAACGGUGCCAACAGACGCCAACCAGAUCUUGUAUGAGGAUAACAGCAAUGGGCUGUCAGCUAUGCAACAUUUUGUAGCCAGAGCCACCAACUACAGCAUCUGUGUGGCUGAGACAGUUCCCUAUCCUGACUUGGGCAUUGUCAGUGCGGAAACCUCAACUACUAUUGUGGCAAGGCUGGUUGAGAAGCCAACUGCCAACACUGUGGUGACUUUCCUCAGCACUCAGUAUGUCAACUCUGUUCUAAAAUCCAUCGCUGCAUUUGAAAAUUACAUCAACCAAAAGAACCUGGCCAACUCCAAAGACAACCCUUGGUUCCCAGACUACUUCCAGAACAUUCUCAAUUGCUACAUAUCCAAGACAAAUACCAUGGGCUACCCAAUGGCUUAUUCUGAUGUUGUCUACGUCAUCAAUGCUGUCUAUGCAGCAGCUUAUGCAAUUCACAAGACCCUUGAGUCUACCUGUGGGGCAAACUACAACACUGUCUGUCAGUCAUACCGCGCAAACUCCACCCGCCAUGAAAUGAUUCGUGACAAUCUGGCAAAUGUCUCAUUCACUGAUCCAGCAGGCAAAGAUUUCAUGUUUGUCAACCGGUCUGGUGUUGCCAGCUAUAGAUUUAACUAUAUCAACCCAGAAAUUUUGGGCUAUACCUAUAAAACAAUUGGGAGCUACAACCUGACCAGUGCCAUGCUCAUGUUGGAUGGGCAGUACCGUGAUUCCAUCCAGAGUGACUGCAACAGACCAGAUGCCUGUGCCGAGUGCCCAGCUAUUAGAGACAGUGAUGUUCGCUAUGUGUUCUAUAAACCGACUCGGAGUUUGACUCAGACAAUUGUUGCCUUUUUGGAUGUUCACCACCAAGGUGUCGAUCCCUUCCGGUGUGGGGAGAUUAAUGUUCUUGGCUUCCAACAGUUAGUGACACUGUUCUACACUCUGGAGAAACUGUUUCCUGCUGUCAACUACAGAAUACUGGUCAUUGACACAUGCUCCAACAGUUUGAGGGUUGAUCAGGAUCUCUUUGGUUUGUUGGAUGGAACUGGCCUCUGUAACUCUGAAUUUGACAAUUCCAACCCAGUCUCGAUUAAAAACAUUGGCGGCGUGAUCGCUGUUGGCGAACCAAACACGGUAGCAGCAUCCAGAGUCCUGGAACUGCCGGGGGUCACAUACCUCAGUCCAAAUGCCCUGACCACAUUGUUAGAUAGCAAGCAGCACCUGGUGAGAACCAUCGCCCCAAUCAGUGCCAUGAUGAAAACACUGGUGUCUCUGCUGAAGAAUCUUGGCUGGACAUACUUCUCCUGGGUCAUUUUUUCAUUCUCAUGGGUCAUUUUUUUCAUUCUCCUGGGUCAUUUUUUUCAUUCUCAUGGGUCAUUUUUUCAUUCUCAUGGGUCAUUUUUUCAUUCUCAUGGUCAUUUUUCAGGAUCUAGAGUUGUGGUCCUGCUGGGCAGCUACGAGUUUGUGAAGAAUGUUUUAGCCACAGCCAAUGCCAUGAACAUUGCUGACCGCUACCUCUGGGUCCUGGAGAUUCGUCUGAUCACCCUUGGACGUCUGAGCUACACUGUAGGUGCUUUCAUCACCUAUAUGAACAGUCUGAGGUACUCUGAUGUCCAUGCGGUUGGCACCGGGAGCAGUAUUCCCAUGGAUUGGUUUGAUGAGUUUUAUCAGAAGGUCUUUGACUGUAGAAUUGCCAACUUUUCUAGAUCGGUCAAUCUCAGCAUGCCAGUCUGUGACACCAACAAGGUAAAAGUACUGCUAAAUAGCGUCCUCAGUGUUGAAAGGGACUUGAACACACAGAACUUGAACAUACAGAACUUGAAUAUAAACCCACAGAAUGUAUCAGCAGUGUUGAAGUUUGAUAAAGCUCACAGAUGGUGGGACUCUGGAUACUUGAUCAAGUACAUUCGGGUGAAGAAGUCAGCUGAUGGGAGUUUGGAUCUUAUUAGUGGUGAUUUCAGUCCAAGCAUUCAGGAGAUAUCAAAUAUGAAAGCUCUUCUAGGCAUAACCUCGGUCUGUAAUGAAGGAGGAAUCAAUCCUUGCGACUGCACAUAUGAAGACAUUGAACCUUCCCAGCCACUCAUUUCACAACCCUUCACACCCACAGAACCACGAAACUACUACUACUACCACGCUGAUGGCAAGCCGCAGUACCAAUGGCCAAUAUGGGCAAUUGUUGUGGCAAUUAUCACGUCUGUGUGUCUUCUAACAGCAGUCAUCCUUUUCCUCAUUCUCAUAUUUGCUUACCCUGUGAGGAGUGGAACAACGGUCCUUGGAUACAUGUCCAUCAUUGGUAUCAUCGGAAUCUACGCCAUCAACUUCGCCUUCUUUGUGCAUGCAACAGAUGCCACGUGCGGAGCUCGGCGCUUCUUGAUGGGUGUUGUCUACAUGAUUGCUGUCGGCCCCUUGCUCGUCAAAGCUGUAGACAACUGGAGAUUCCGGAAAAAUAACAGUGAGAAGGAAAGAUACAGCGGUAUUUCCUCAGCAUUUGUCCUCUUUGUGGCUGCAGUGGGAGUGGUUCUCCUCCAGUGUAUUAUCCCCAUCAUCUGGCUCAUCCUUGUGCAUCCAACAGCAACUGAGUGGAAGCCUUUUGCUUUUGCCCGCCAUGACCACUGGUGGUGUGACCCCCCGCAGGACUAUGAUACGGGACUGGUGCAGUCUUUCAUCUUCGUCAUGUUUAUCAUCCUAGUGACCGCGGUCUUCUCUGCCCUGACCUUUGACAGCGAGAGAAAUAACUUUGAGUCCAGGUUAGUCAUUCAGCAACUAUUAAUUUGUUUUUUCUGUAUUGCAACAGCCGGCUGUUUCCUGGUGUGGAUGAUUGUAUCAACAAGUGCUACACCUUCUGUCAGGGAUGCUGCAGUAAGCAUUGGCAACCUUGUCAACGCCACUCUGCUGUUACUAGCCAUGCCUCUGCGCAAGUGUAUCCUUCUCUGCCAACAUUUGAGGUACAAGGAAGAACUGGAGGAUGCCCGGGAGGUCUUGGACCAUCACAAUGGUCAUGUCUAUAAUGAUGGGUUCGACAACCCCAUGUUGGACUUGAAUGUCUAUGACAACCACUAUGGAAUUAACGGAAAACCUUCAGAAUACUAG